UUUCUAAGAAGCCGAAGACAUAUUUCACGUCGGCUGCUUUGAAAGCGCUCUAGCGAUUACUCUCCCAAUCACAGGCACAGUCGCGCACCAGGCAUCUGCAUGCCCUUUACCAACUGAAAGUGUGCACUGCCGCUGAGCAGAGACGAAUCAGUGAUUCGCGCCUGUCUUUGUCAGCAGCUCGUCGUGGGUGCCGUGCUCCACCACCCGCUCUUUCUGCAUCACCACAAUGCAGUCCGCCGCGCGCACGGUGGAGAGGCGCUGUGUGCUGCGCUCCCCCACUAGAGUAUCAUACCCAUGGGGAAGGGAGGAGAUGAAGCCAUGUGCAUUGGCGGCCUUAGCAGCCUCAACUAUCUCCAUCUCAGUCACUGCCUCUAGCUCCUCCUCUUCCUCUCCCCCAUCAGCACCAUCCCCCGCACUCUCCCUACUCAGCCUGACAUCCCGGCUCUGUUUCAAAUCCCGCCUGCCCCUGCUGUCUCCAAAGCGCCACAAGCCCUUCUUACGGCCAUCAACACCACCUGCAGCAUCAGCAGCAGCAGCAGCCGGAGCAGAACCACCACCACUGGGAACAUAGGUGGCAGCGCGGCCGUAUGCGAUGUUGUCGGGAAUGGGGAUGUUGAAGAGCGCGGGAUCCUGGCUGACGAGCCCCAUGUAGCGGCGCAGCCAGCGCAGGUUGAGUGCGGCGAUGCUGCGGCCGUCCAGCAGCACGGCUCCGCUCUGCGGGUCGUAGAAGCGCUCCACCAGCACCACCACCGUCGACUUGCCAGCCCCGCUCUCCCCCACCAGUGCUACGAUCUGAAGUGCAAGAGGGAAGAAAGGGAGGGUGGCAGGAGAAAAGAAGAGGAGAAGGGAGAGAGUGUGCCAGGAGGAGAAAUGACGAACAGCGCCACAUGACGUGGACAUAACCAAGAGAUGGACUUUGGUACAUGGGGUCCGAGGGUGUGGGUGAACGGACUUGUUUGGGCAAAGCUCAGCACGUGCGCUCUCCAUGAGCACAGAGUGCUGUGUUGCAGUUAUUGCCCCACCCCUUGCCCGCCAGGAUAGUGAGCGGCGUGAAUUCUAUGCAAUGCCAGCUCAGCCAGGUGUUGCUGCAAUGGGUACAAGUUGGUUAUUGAGGAUUCUCAAAAACCACCGUCAGAUGUGGCUGCAACAGGUACGCUAGCACCACACCUUCAAACCGCACCUCCCCUCCCAUGCCCUCCUUUUAAGCCGACUCACAAGAAUACCCACACAUACACCCACCCCCCUUGCCGGCCGGAAUGCUGAGCGUGAAAUCCUGCAGCACAAUUAUAUGCGGCCGGGACGGGUAGGCAAACACCACUCCCUCAAGCCGCACCUCUCCCUCCACGCCCUCCUUCGGCCGCUCCCCCGGCGCCUCUGGGACGAUGAGCGAGCGGCGGUCCAGCAGCUUGAAGAUGGACUCCACUGCUGCCUGCGCUGCAGCCAUGUUGGGGGCUAAGGAGGCCGUCUGAGCCACGCCCAUGGCCGUGAAGACCACUGC